GAGAUGCGCGUUCACUGAGCCGGAGGAAGGAGGACCGCUGCCUUUCCCUCCACCGCGCCUCACUUCUAAUAACCUCCUCACCACCAGCACGAGCAUCUCAGCGCCCCGGGCAGCCAGUAAUUAAAAAUACUACGCUUUCUGGAUGGAAUUUUGCUCUGGAUUAUUAUAAUUUGCUAUUUUAUACAUAGAGACUUUAUCCUCCCGGAACCGUCUCUCUCUGCACGAAAAGUUCUGUCUGAGGUGUGUCCGAAGCUAGAGAUCGAACCAUGGGGCAUGGAACUGAACCUGCUUUGAAGGUUAUGUGCUUCAAUCCAGGAAGUCGCCUCAAAGAAAAAUUGCAAGAUGUAGCUCUGAACCACUGACAAAGCACACCGAGGAUCACCUUCAUCUUAGCACUUUUGCCUUUCCACUUUGUGUGGAAACUGGAUGAUUUUUUUUUCCAUAUAUUGUUGCGUAGACUUGACCACAAAGAUUAAAUUCCAACCAUUAUCAAUAUUAAAUCUGCUUCAAAAAUAAUACUUAAAAAAGGAUAUUGCAUUCUUCACAUCAGUGUAAAAUUAUCUGUGUGGAAUAUAACAUUUCUGCAGAUAAAUCCUGCAGCACAGCCAUAGUCAGAUGUUAUUAUCACUUUGAAGAUCCAACGUUCAAACCCCCUUUAAGUGCACCGUUAUUCUCUACAAUGAAUCCCAAUAGCCUACCUGGGCAUGUCCUCCUGCUGAUAAGUACCGUGUUGGGCCUGAGCGUAGGCUUGGAGUUUACUGGCUCUGAAGGUCAGUGGGCUCGCUACCUACGCUGGGACGCCAGCUCCCGAAGCGACCUGACAUUUCAGUUCAAGACUUCAGAAUCGGAAGGCCUGCUGCUCUACUUCGAUGAUGGCGGAUAUUGCGACUUCCUCCUUCUCACAGUGUCACAGGGCAAGCUGCAGCUUCGCAUCAGCAUUGACUGUGCUGAGACCACCAUCACCUCUGACAAGAUGGUCAACGACAGCCGCUGGCACUUCGCUGCCGUCAACCGGCACAAUUUGCGGACUGGCUUGGCCGUGGAUGGCCAGACCAAGACGGAGGAGGUGCGCCCCCAACGACAGUUCAUGAGGAUCGUCAGUGACCUCUUCCUUGGAGGGCUCCCGGGAGACAUCCGCACAUCUGCCAUCACCUUGCCCUCUGUCCGUGAGCUACCACCAUUCAAAGGAAUUAUCACAGACCUCAGUUAUGGGAGUAAGAGGCCGCCCUCGCUUAUCAAUAGUCAGAAGGUACGCUUGGAGAUGAUGGGCCUUUGCACAGAGAACCCCUGUGAGAAUGGAGGGAUCUGCUCACUGGCAGAUGGAGAAACCUAUUGUGACUGUUCCAAAACUGGAUAUGUAGGUCGAUACUGCACAGAAGCAGUCCAGAGACAACCAGGCCUCGCACACCUGAAGGCAGAGCAAGCGAGGGAGGAGAACGUGGCCACCUUCCGUGGAUCAGAGUACUUCUGCUACGACUUGUCGCAGAACCCCAUCCAGAGCAGCAGCGACGAAAUCACGCUCUCCUUCAAGACCUGGCAGCGCAACGGCCUCCUCCUCCACACGGGGAAGUCCGCCGACUAUGUCAACCUGGCUCUAAAAGAUGGGGCCGUUUCCCUAGUCAUCAAUCUGGGUUCCGGGGCCUUUGAGGCCAUCGUCGAACCAGUCAAUGGAAAAUUCAAUGACAACGCCUGGCACGACAUCAAAGUGACACGCAACCUGAGACAGGUGACCAUCUCCGUUGAUGGGAUUCUCACCACUACUGGCUACACCCAGGAAGAUUACACCAUGCUGGGCUCUGAUGAUUUUUUCUACGUGGGUGGGAGCCCCAGCACUGCGGACCUGCCUGGAUCUCCAGUUAGCAACAAUUUCAUGGGCUGCCUCAGAGAGGUGGUGUACAAAAACAAUGAUAUCCGCCUGGAGCUGUCCCGCCUUGCCCGCAUCGUGGACCCCAAGAUGAAACUGCAGGGUGACGUGGUCUUUAAGUGUGAAAAUGUUCCCACCCUUGACCCCAUCAACUUUGAGACCCCGGACUCCUACCUGGCCCUGCCAAAAUGGAACACCAAGCGUGUUGGUUCCAUCUCCUUUGACUUCCGUACCUCCGAACCCAAUGGGUUGAUACUUUUCACCCACGGCAAACCCCAGGAUAGACGGGACUCUAAGGGCCAGAAGAACAACAAGGUGGACUUCUUUGCAGUGGAACUGCUGGAUGGAGGGCUGUACCUGCUGCUGGACAUGGGCUCCGGCACCAUCAAAGUCAAGGCCACGCAGACAAAGGUCAAUGACGGCGCCUGGCACCAUGUGGACAUUCAGAGAGAUGGUCGCUCAGGCAUCAUCUCAGUGAACAGCCGCCGGAUCCCUUUCACAGCCAGCGGAGAAAAUGAGAUCUUGGACCUGGAGGGAGACCUUUAUCUGGGUGGUCUGCCUGACAACCGCUUGGGCCUGGUGCUCCCCACCGAGCUCUGGACAGCAAUGCUCAACUACGGCUAUGUGGGCUGUGUGCGGGAUCUGUUCAUUGACGGACGAAGCAAGGACAUCCGGCAGAUAGCUCAGUCCCAGAAUAUGACUGGCAUCAAGUCUUCGUGUAGUAAGAUGACAGGGAAACAAUGCGACAGCAACCCCUGCAAAAACAACGGAGUAUGUAAGGAGGGAUGGAAUCGCUUCAUCUGUGACUGUACUGGAACUGGCUUCUGGGAUAGUACCUGUGAGAGAGAGGCAUCGAUCCUGUCGUAUGAUGGCAGCAUGUACAUGAAAGUUGUGAUCCCAACUGUCAUGCACACGGAGGCCGAGGACGUCUCCCUCCGCUUCAUGUCUCAGCGGGCGUUUGGCCUGCUCAUGGCCGCCACGUCCCGUGAGUCUGCGGAUACGCUGAGGCUAGAGCUGGACAGCGGGAGGGUCAAACUGACGGUCAACCUAGACUGUGUCAGGAUAAACUGUAACACCAGCAAGGGUCCUGAGGUUCUUUAUGCCGGACAAAAGCUCAACGACAAUGAGUGGCACUCAGUACGAGUGUCCCGUCGCGGUAAAAACUUCAAACUCACUGUGGAUGACGACAUGGCUGAAGGUCAAAUGGCGGGAGACCACACCCGUCUGGAGUUCAGCAAUGUGGAGACAGGCAUCUUGACCGAGAGACGCUUUGUCUCGUCCGCUCCCUCGUCCUUCAUUGGGCAUCUUCAGAGCCUAAAGUUCAAUGGCAUGCUGUACAUCGACAUGUGCAAGAACGGGGACAUCGACUUCUGCGAGCUCAACGCCCGUUUUGGCAUGCGCUUCAUCAUCGCUGACCCCGUGACCUUCAAGACCAAAGGCAGCUACCUGGGCUUGGCCACUCUGCAGGCCUAUACCACAAUGCACCUCUUCUUUCAGUUCAAAACCACUUCACCCGACGGUUUCAUCAUCUUCAACAGUGGAGAUGGGAAUGAUUUUAUUGCCGUAGAGCUGGUCAAAGGGUUUAUCCACUAUGUGUUUGACCUGGGCAACGGGCCAAGUCUUUUGAAGGGGAACAGCGACAACCCACUGAAUGACAACCAGUGGCAUAACGUGGUCAUCACGCGGGACGCUUCCAACACACACACGCUCAAGGUGGACACAAAGUCAGUCACCCAGAAUGUCAACGGAGCCAAGAACCUUGAUCUCAAAGGCGACCUGUUCAUCGGAGGUCUGGGACCCAACAUGUACCAGAACCUCCCAAAGUUGGUGGUUUCUCGGGAGGGUUUCCAGGGCUGUCUGGCUUCAGUUGACCUCAACGGCCGCCUGCCAGACCUCAUCAAUGAUGCCCUUUUCCGUAGCGGGCAGAUCGAGCGUGGCUGUGAAGGCCCAAGUACGACCUGCCAGGAGGACUCUUGUGCCAACAUGGGUGUGUGUAUCCAACAGUGGGAGAAUUUCACUUGUGACUGCACGAUGACAUCUUACACGGGGACGCACUGCAAUGACCCUGGCACCACGUAUAUCUUUGGUAAAGGAGGGGGUCUGAUUACAUACACAUGGCCCAAUAAUGAGAGACCAAGCACACGGACGGACCGGCUGGCGGUGGGCUUUAGCACUACCAUCAAAGACGGCAUCCUCGUCCGCAUCGACAGCGCCCCACGUCUGGGUGACUACAUCAUGCUCCACAUUGAGCAAGGCAAAAUAGGUGUGACGUUCAACAUUGGGACAGUGGACAUCAGUGUUAAGGAGUCAACCACAGCAGUUAACGAUGGCAAAUACCAUUUGGUCCGAUUCACCAGGAAUGGGGGGAAUGCCACUUUGCAGGUUGACAACUGGCCAGUCAAUGAACACUUCCCCACAGGCAACAGCGACAUUGAGCGCUAUCAAAUGGCAAAUAAGAAAAUCCCGUUCAAAUAUACCCGGCCAGUAGAAGAUUGGCUUCAGGAGAAAGGCCGGCAGCUGACAAUCUUCAACACUCAGGCCACCAUCUCCAUCGGUGGAAAUGACCGGAAGCGACCAUACCAGGGCCAGCUCUCCGGUCUCUACUACAACGGCCUCAAAGUGCUCAACAUGGCUGCUGAGGGCCACGUCAACAUCAAGGUGAAUGGCAGCGUGCGGCUCGUGGGCGACGUGCCGAGUAGCCGAGGCGCAGCUCGCACCACCACCUCGGUGCCGCCGGAGAUGUCCACUACCUUUAUCGAGACCACCACUACACUGUCCACGACAACCACCCGCAAGCAGCGUUCACCACCAACUAUUCAGACGACGGAUGACAUUGUUUCGUCGGCGGAGUGCUCCAGCGAUGAUGAAGACCUGGAAGAGUGCGACUCUGGACACGCAGGAGGGGAGCUAGUCAUCCCCGUGCUAGUCGAGGAUCCCAUAGACAUCCCUUCUGUAUCCACCCGUUCUCCCUUCAUCCCCCUCCCCCCAACCCUCCGCCCCGUCCUCACCAUUAUUGAGACCACCAAAGAAUCCUUGGCCAUGGCCACUGAGGCGGGGGUACCUUGCUUGUCGGACCGAGGCAGCGAUGAUUGUGAUGAUGGUGAUGGUGGUGAUGAUGGUGAUGAUGAUGAUGAUGAUGGCAUGGUGAUUUCGGGGUUUGGCUCUGGCGAGGCAUUCGACUCUAGCCUGCCCCCGACUGACGAUGAAGAUUUUUACACCACCUUCUCCCUGGUAACAGAUAAGAUCUUGACCACAUCGGCCUAUGAAGGCGGCUACAAAGCCCUCGCGCCCAAGUGGGAGGCCAAGGACUUGAGGCCUAGCAAAGCCUCUGAGGCAGGUAGGACUACACCCACCUCGCCUCUGCCCGAUCCCCGGGGCACGCCACCGGCGGUGGUUCCCUCGGACACGCCGCCCAAGCUGCCCGCCGGGAAAAUGAACAACCGCGAGGUAAAACCCCCGCAGCCGGACAUAGUCCUGCUGCCCCUGCCCACGUCCUUCGAUCUGGACGGCACCAAGCCACGGGGUCCUUUCAUCACGUCGCCCAUGCUGCGUACAGUGCCUGCUGCCUUGCCCACGGUGCCCGGUGUGGUACGGCGGGUGCCCCCCGGGGCCUCAGAGGUGAUCCGGGAAUCCAGCAGUACCACUGGCAUGGUGGUGGGCAUUGUCUCAGCCGCCGCCCUCUGCAUCCUCAUCCUCCUCUACGCCAUGUACAAGUAUAGGAACAGGGACGAGGGUUCCUACCAGGUGGACGAGACACGCAACUACAUCAGCAACUCAGCGCAAACCAAUGGUGCUGUGGUGAAAGAUAAAGCACCCAGUGGUAGCGCCAAAGGCAGCGUCAGUAGCAAGAGACCGAAAGACAAGGACAAGGAGUAUUAUGUAUAGAGAUCAAACAUCAUUUCCCAACACAUAGUAAAAUAAACUGUUUGGAACAAAGUUAUAAACAUUUUGACAGUACCAUAUUGGCAACUGUGAUUUAAAAAAGGAUAAAAUCUCUUGAGAACUCAAAACUUACUGAGUCACCGAAACAUUUCCAAAAGAACUUUGGCUUAUGGAAGCACACUUACUAUUGUAAGCACUAUUGUGAAACAAUGCAGUACUUCACCAGGACUCAGUGUGGAUCUUUUUAAGGAGUCCCUGCUGGAGACAUUUGGCAGUGUGAAUAACAUCACUCUAACAUCCACACAACCCCAAGUGACUGUCAAGAGGUGUGUGAUCCUUGGAGCUCUAAUGACCUUGUCCAUUGUAACCCUGUAAAAUAAGAUCACUGUCAUUUCGGCCAUUCUGAGCAUGCAUGUGAGGUGUAUGUGACGUGGUGCUGGCAUCUGUGUAAGUGAGGGACCUCAAGAAACUAUGAUUGUCGGGAAAGUUGGAAGUCAAAACAUGAUUUCACAUUACAAGCGGUUUCAUUAAAUGUAGCUUUCAUGGACGCGAUAUGAGCUAAAGUAUAUGUGUACUUACAGCUGUCUUUUUAUUUCUGUUUGUUUUUUAUUUAUUCAGUAAGUAUGUAAUUUAUUUAUUUAUUGAAUUCCAAACUUUUUUUCUUUUCUUUUUUUUUUUAUUUGAAGGAUGAUGUCCCAUCAGGGUUGACUAGUUAAUGCUCAGUGACCGCUCAGCAGGAUAUGAUACAGUAAUAUGUCCAAUAUUUUUCUCUCCCUCCCUCACAACUCGUCAAAGGAUUGGACUGCUAUGCAUGGCAUCCAAAUUCUAGAUGGUGUUCAAGCGUGCAAGAGUGGAUCCACCGGGUAAAAAUGCGCAGCGCAUUGUUAUUCUCUGAAUUUUAAAUCUCUAUAACAUUUUUCUUUCCUUUUCUUUCAACUUUAUUUUGUCCAGAUAUUGUUGCAUUUCCUGAGAAGCUGUGGCAAAAUGCAUUAUCAUAAUUUGUGUCUGGGGGAGAUUUAAUUGUCAAAAAAAAAAAAAUUGUCUUAAAAAAAAAGAAGAAGAAAAAAUUCAGGCUAAAGACUUAAAUCCAGUGUGAACAAGUGUGAUUCUAUCUGUUGUCACAGACAACUGUGUCAAAAACAACAAAUAUGUUUACAUAUUUUAUUACAUCAUAGCCGUUGUGCUUUGCAGGUCAAUAUUGUACAGAAAAUUCAAGGUUUUGUUGCUUUUGUUAAAUCCUCUUCUUGUAUAGACAGACCGUUUGAUUUGAUUUUACUGCAGUAGCAACAUGACAAAAAUAUCAUUUUUAUUCUUUUGCCAGGAAUGCCUGGAGAUAAAAGGAAAAGUGAUGUGCACAGGAACAUUUGUUUAAUUGGGGAGCAAGUGUUGUUAGAUUAGACAUCUAGUCUCUCUGGAUGGUGUUUCUCUUCAGUCGCAUGAAUAUUUGACCAUGGGAAGCUGUCAGUCAAAUAGAAAAACACAUCCCUCAGAUCUUGUAUUAGGGACUCCUCCUUAUUUUGAAGUUUCUUUUAUCAUGUUCUUUAUUUUUUUUAUUAGAAAUCUACAGAAAACAGAACAGAACAAGAGAAUAAAGACAGAUUAUGAUGGAUUUGGAGAUCUAUUUGAUAGCACCUUACUGAUGUACAGGUGUCAUUUUCUUUCUUUCCUUUUUUAAAAACUCUGACAUCAGUGUUUUCAUCUGCUCGUCUUUUGCAUUUUGUUUUGAGGUUUUUUUUGUUAUUGUGUAGCUUAAUUUUAUGUCUUAUUGUUUUUAUGACUUUCUCUUCUGGCAAUAUGUUGUUUUUUAUGUCAUUAUUUAUUGCUGAAGUUAUUUGUUCUCAUUCAUUUUCAUGCAAAAUCAGUCAGUGUGUAUGUUCACUUUGAUUUUUUGUGUUGGUACUUGGCUUUUUCAACCAGUUAAUUAUUAUUGUCUUAUGCUCCUUUGACUCCAAACAAUUCCCAGAAAUAAAUAAUGUUGUUCCCAAACGUUUUGGAUGUUAGACUGUGGGUGGCUGUCACUCAAUGUUCCAUGAUUUGGUGUGAAGACAGGACAAGACACAGCGAGGAGAUAGAAACCACUGACGCCAAAGACUGUUCACCAAACCACAAUUUCUCAUCCGUUUGCUAUCACUUCAGUGGUUUUCUUUUAUGCCAAAAAAUGGUAUCAUUUCCAUUCAAAUGAAGUCAGGAGCAAAGUAGCUCAACGCUAUCAUUUACCGAUAGCUGAUUAUGCAAAUUCAUACACUGUUCAUCGAUGCAACAGGAGAAAAAGAGACCGGUGGAGGAAACGGUUAUUAGAAGGUCCGGAGUCAUCACAACAGCAGAGGAAUGGCUUUGGGUUUCUUGAGAGUCAGGCCUUUGUAAGAGUGUGCAGCCAAAUGAGAUUCCCCACAACCAUAUGGUCGGGUUAUGAGCUACUCAAUGGCAGCAGCACCUGCUUUCCCAGCCCGUUUUUACACCGUCCAUAUUUCGUGCAAAUGGGCCUUCACAGAGCUGGUCAUUAACUUGCAAUAGCCCAUUGAUGUAGGAUAUCAGAGCAGCGUGUGUGAGUAUAUCCAGCUCACACAAUGACUACAUAUUAACUCAUUCAUCCUGCCACAGGCAAUGGGAACACGGAGGCCAGCAGGGAUUUCUUCCACUGAGGGACCAUUUUUUACAUUCUGAGGCAG